GUUUGGGAGGUCGCAGGCAGUGCUGGGAUCCCCAGCCAGGCUAAAGCCUUGAGGACGAGGGGGCAAGCGGCCCCCUCACGGACGCUCCCCGGCCGUCGGCCGUCGUCUGGCAUCCUCUCGCUUGGAAGUUUAAGCUUCUAAAAUGUCAUCUAUCAAGCACCUUGUUUAUGCAGUGAUCCGGUUCUUGCGGGAACAAAGUCAGAUGGAUACAUAUACUUCUGAUGAACAAGAAAGUUUGGAAGUUGCAAUUCAGUGCUUGGAGACAGUUUUUAAAAUCAGCCCAGAAGAUACACACCUGGCAGUUUCACAGCCUUUGACAGAAUUGUUCACCAAUUCCAUCCAUAAGAAUGACAUUUUGCCCCUCUCCAACUCAGUUCCUGAAGAUGUGGGGAAAGCUGAUCAAUUAAAAGACGAAGGCAAUAAUCAUAUGAAAGAAGAAAAUUAUGCAGCUGCAGUGGAUUGUUAUACGCAAGCCAUAGAACUGGAUCCCAAUAAUGCAGUUUACUACUGCAACAGGGCUGCUGCCCAAAGCAAAUUAAGUCAUUACACUGAUGCAAUAAAGGACUGUGAAAAAGCAAUAGCAAUUGAUUCUAAGUACAGCAAGGCCUAUGGGAGGAUGGGGCUGGCCCUCACCGCCAUGAAUAAAUUUGAAGAAGCAGUUACAAGUUAUCAAAAGGCUUUAGAUCUUGAUCCUGAAAAUGAUUCUUAUAAAUCAAAUUUGAAAAUAGCAGAACAGAAGCUAAGAGAGACAGGAACUGGAUUGAGCUUUGACAUGGCUAGCUUGAUAAAUAAUCCAGCUUUCAUUAGUAUGGCAGCAAGUUUAAUGCAGAACCCUCAAGUCCAGCAGCUGAUGUCAGGAAUGAUGACAAAUGCUAUUGGAGGUCCUGCUGCUGGAGUUGGGGGCUUAACUGACUUGUCUAGCCUCAUCCAAGCGGGACAACAGUUCGCUCAGCAGAUACAACAACAGAACCCUGAACUUAUAGAGCAACUGAGGAAUCACAUCCGCAGCAGAUCAUUCAGCAGCAGCACAGAAGAACAUUCCUGAUUUGACCAGGGACUCUAGUCCUCAAACAAAAGGUUUAUGACUCUGAAGUAUUCACUGUAGAUAGUGUAGCCAAAAACAACAAAAAGCACCAUAUCUGACGUUUGAAAAUAAUAGAGGAAAACCUCUUGUGUAUAUUCUUAAAGAAUAUAUCUGUUUAGACAUUAGUUUUAACACAAAUAGACUUGGACAUUACGUGACUCUUUUGGAAAGAAAAUGAUCAACAGAUGUGUUAAGUGCUAAUACAGUACUGGGACAAGGGUCCAUUCAUUUUCCAACUUUUACCAUCAUAUUUGUAUAUUAGACUUCAUAUGGGAAUAUAUUUAUUGAACAGCAGGGCUAUUUAUUGGUAAGUUGUUUAGCUCCAGAUUCCCUUUGGCAAAGUUUUUUGAGAGGACAAUGACUUAAGUAGAAAGGUUUUUUUUUUGUGGGGGUGGGGGUUUAAAGAAAAAUAGUUGGCACAGAUUAUGUCAGGAAAGAAGCUUAUGAUCCAGAUUUAGAUUGCUCUGUGCUGCCAGUAUUGAAUACAUUUCACAGGUGUCAAUACUGUCAUUAAUGCUGUUUAUUCUGAUGACAGCGAAUCCUAAGAGCUAGUGGAAAGCAGCAUUGGUAGAGAGAUGUUUUGAAGAGAAAAGAAGAAUAUAAAUGUAUAGGAAGUACAGAUAGGGGGCUCAGGUUUUCUGUGUCAUUCUUUACUAGUCUGAAGUUUACUAUCAACCUUAGCAUGGCUAGUUAUACUGAAGUACAUAAUAAAAUACAUUUAGAAAUCCUUAAUGGUACUAGUUAGGUCAAUGAUUUAACUGUUCAACUUAAAAUUACUUACCAUAAUUUCCCAGGUAGGAAACUUACCUUGGAAAUAUUAAACAUACCUAUAUUUGAAUAAGUCAAUGGCUUGACUGUAAAUUAAGGAUUUUCUGAGUGGAAUUUAAUUAUGUAUCUAUAAAAAUUUUUUUAAACCUUAGUAGCUGGAUAACAAAGAGCAUUUGUCACUCAUAUUGUUCAUGUGAUUCUCUGCUGCAGUUUAGCCUGAUGUGCCAGUCCUAUACUUAACUUUGUUAUAAUGUAAACAUAAUAGACAUAAAAUAUUUUAUUAUACGUACUAGAUGCUCUAUUCAUGUGACAUAUGGUUAGGCGAGUAUUUGGUAUUUGGUACUACCAUAUAGCUUUACAUAUAGUGAUGGAUGAGACAGCUCUAACUGGGAUUUUGUUUCCUAAUCAUGAAAGUGGCUAAGUUGGGAUAAAUGUAAUCAUUUUGACAGUACUGUGAGGAUAAACUGAAAAAAAAAAUUACUGAAGAUAAUGUAACAUGGGCUUCAAUGGUCCUGUUCUCAAAAGACUUAAUUACUUGUUUUCUUGAAGUUUAAAGCCUUAUAUUUUUUAUCUUUUGUGCGAUAGUGUUUCUGUGAUUUCACUAUAGUCAUCAAGUGAGGGAAAUUCAUUAAAAAUGCAAAUAUAGGGCCAUACCUUCAAUUUUUAUGUAGUAUUAAGACCUAGGAAUGACCAUAUGAACUAAGUGGUUCUGAUGUAGGUAUAAGGACUCAAAAUUUCAACAACAUCAUGUUAAAUCCCUAACUCGACCAGCAAAUACCUAAUCACUUGUUUUUGGGACAGCAUGAAGACCUGUAUGAAUCUAUGAUUCUGCUAAAGAAGAGUAGGACUUAAAUCUGAGGUCCUCUGAAAUUAAAUCUCCUAUAUACUGUCUAACCCAUGAUUAAUUUUCAUGAAGAUACAUAUUCAGCGCCUGGUGUUUAAAUGUUACAUGGAAUGAAAAACUAAUCAUAUAAAAGUUAUAAUUGUGAUUAAAAAAGGCAAAGUAGAUUUUGAUCCCUAAUUAAAAAUUUAUCCAGUGUUAAAUAAAAAGUUAAUGUUUCUAGUAUAACUACUUUGAAUGCAUUAAAACAUGAUUUCGAAUCAUAAGAUUGAUAAGUCUCUAAUUGACUGACGAGGGAAAAAGAAAAUACUGAUUAAUAGUAUCAGCAUUGAAAGAGAGCUAGGAAUGAAGGUCAUUUGUCUAACAUUCAGGAGACCAUGUGUCUGAUCCCCAAAAAGAAAAGUGCUAACAUAGUAAGUCCCAAAAAACAUUAAAGGAUAAUUAGAACAAACAUUGUAAUUAAUUCUUACCACCAAGAUGAACACAAAUUAGGGUAAAAAAAUUACCAAAACUCACUGAACAGACUUUCAUUUAUUAAGAAAAACUUUUCAGAAAAGAAAACCAUUGGUUAGAUGAUUCAAGGUGAAUUCUAACAAACCCUUAGGGAAGAAUAAUACCAAUUCUAUAUAGUCUUUAUAAAAGAGAAGAGGAAACACUUCUGAGAUCAGUUUAUUUGGCCAUUAGUACCCUAAUAACAAAACAUCAGGAAAAAACAUUGUUUUCAUUUGCUGAUAUCUGUAGUUAAAAGAUACCCAUUCUUUUCACAUGAAAUUAUAGGAACUGGUGUUCUUCCAUUUCACUUUAGUUUGUUUCUUUGGAAAUACCACCUAUAAUAAAUUCAGUCUCAGCCAGGCGCUGGUGGCUCACGCCUAUCAUCUAGCUACUCAGGAGGCUGAGAUCAAAGGAUCAUGGU